AUGACCUUUAUUAGAACGAGAACUCUCGUCCUUAAGUAUCGUCUGUCAUCCUUAAGAGCAAGCGAAACUUAUACGUUUCGCUCUUUUAUAGCACUUACUCCGGUGAUACUUAUGCCUUUCCUUUUCACCGCACUUAAGAGAUCGCUUUGCACCGGGUCUACGAGAUUAAUGCGGCUGAUACUUAUUCGAAUCGAAGCUACGCUAUAUCGAGGAAGAAACGCCUUUCACUUCAAUGAAGCGGACUUAAUGUAUUUUCGAAACGACACCUUUAAGUACGAGCAAGUUCUAGAAAAGGUUCGUAAGACAAUAAAUGAUCUUAAUCUUAAGCGUCGUUAUAAAGCUUUAAAAGCACAACGAGAAUCUAUUAAAGAGGUUGCACGAGAACGUGCUAAAGCGCUUAUUCGAGCAGCUAACGGCGGCAAUGCGGAGGCUUUUCAUAAACUCGAGCCCGCUUAUACCGCGAUUUUUAAUCGAAACGCUUUACGAUCGGAAGACUUACGGAAUCUGCUCGUUAUAUUGCCAAAAGCUCUUAAAGCUGCACUUAAGCUUAAGGCCAAGCCUUUUAAGACUGCUAAAUCAUACGAAAGGCUUGGCAAAGUGAUCUCUUUCUUAGGAAUAGACUACGAAGCGACUCGUAUUAAGCUCUUAAAAGGGCGCGAUUUGCUAAAGAACCUAACUUUUAGUAAGACUAUUGCGUUUUUCGCUGCUCUUUUUACUUUUAAACGAUCUUCUUUCGAAGCUACGGUUAGCGUUGCGGAAGCUUCGGAGGAUUGCUUGAUCAUAAGUAGCAAGCUUAUACCGAAGGCGACGGAUGAUCCGAAUUCGACACUUUAUCGAACUCGAAAAGAGAUCUUUUCGGAUUUAGCUAAAGUGUUCGGCAUAUACAAGACUAAGGAUAAAAAGAUCAGGCCAAUUAACGAAGCAGACGGCGUAAAAGCAGUAUUAAGUGGCAAGCAAUACCUUUUUCCGCGCAUUGCCGAUAUACCGAGAAGCUUUCGAAUCACACUCGAACGCAUAGCGAACCUGGAUGUCGGUAAUAUAUUACGGCUUAAAGAAAAAGAUUUGUUUAAAAAGAUGAUGCUAAGCAAAGAAAAAUCAAUCGCAUUCGCUUAG